CCCUCAGUGCACCUCCUCCCUCGGCCGACUUGGCUUGUUUCUCAGCGUCUUGUCGUUCCACGCGUGUGCAUUGUAGCUGUAUGGGUACCCGUUGGACCCCUCGCCCUGGGGAGGCGGGCUCACAGGCUCGCCGAGGUCGUCAGUCGACACGCUCGCCGGCACACACAGCGGGCUAGGCGCGGGCAUGGACUUGGUGGUGCUGCUGGCCAUCAUGCCGUCCUUGGCCGCCCUUCCUGCGGCUGCUGCUGCUGCUGAUGGGGGGUCGCUGGCUGAGGCGGGAGUGGGAGCCGGAGGGACGAGGGGCUUCACACGCGCCUGAUGAUAGACAACACCACAUCGCACAACACACGGUGCACACGUCAUGAGCUGGGGAGACAGGUCUUCGCAUAUGCGCACCUGCUUCGGCUCCGGCCGCCCGUUAACCUGCCUCCCACGGCCCGGCUCAUGGUUGCCCUCCUCCCGGCCAUCGUCAACGUCAUAGUCAUACUCAUCGUGGUCGAGGUUCAUGUCGUCCUCUCCCGAUCGCGGCGUCUCGGCCUGGCCGAUGUCGAUGCACUGACACAUGGGGGUGCUGUCACUCAUGGCCGCCAUGUCCAUGUCGUCCUUGCUGGUCGUGUGGGGGGCCGACGCGUGCACGGCGCGGGGGUCGUCCUGUGGUGAGAGAGCGGCACAGGAGACAGACAGAAAGGUGUGUAGUGGGGGGAGUCGUGGUAAGGUACCUACCUUUGCUGCUUCUUCUGGGUCGUCUGCGGGGACUUCGUGGGAAUAGGCAUACCUAACGAGGUCAAAGGCCACCACUCAUUCACUGAAGCUCUGAGGGACGGAUGGCGUCUCUUUGGUCAAGGGAACGGACCUCUGUGAGUUCUUGUGCGGUGCCCAGAGGUACAUGAUGCAGACCAGGACCGAAACGAAGAUGAGGUGGUUGACACCAUCGGUGAACCACCACUCACUCCGCCAGUACAGACGGAUGUUCUGGGGCAGAGGGGCAGAGACACACACACACACACACACAUUCUUCAUAGAGUGAGUGAGUGUCUUCCGUGUGUACCUGACCUGUGAGAAGGCGUAGAAGGAGUAGAGUAGGUUGAUGGCUGCACACGCGACUGAUAUCACGAGCACUGUACACAGCCGCCAAAACAAGGCCAGCUUCUCGUGCUGACGGCGAUAGCGCAACUUCUGCACACACACAGAGACACACAAACAGACGUGUGUGGUGUGCACCCUCCCUCUCUGUGUGUCUGCCGUGCUGUGUGUACCUUGAUGAGCGAGGUGAGUGCGGCGAAGGUCCAGUAGAAGAUAAUGAGGUUGAGGAGGGCCACGGGCACAAAGCAGAACAUGAUGAUCACCGACGACAGGUGGUAUGAGUGCCGACUCAACGACAGUAUCAGCUCCCUACACAACACAACACAACACAAGAACCAACCACACACACACACACACACAGACGCCAUGCCUUUCCUCGUAUUCUGGUCUCUCUCUCUCUCUCUCUCUCUCCGUCUCUCUGUUACUAAGUUACUUGAUGGUGUCCAGGACAAUAUACAAGAUUACGAUCACCUGUACCCUGCACACCGUCCCGUUGUCAAGCGUCGGUCUCGUCACGCCCCACCCCAGACUCGCCACCAGCACCAGCAUGUAGCUGAACACGUUCUUGGUCACAGACAGCAGCAGCGACACGAAGAACAGCCCAAACCCCCUCACGCCCCGCUGGUUCCAGUCGCUGUACAGCCAGUACCAGAAGAAGCACUCCAGGAACCCCAGCAAGAUCACGCCCCCAAUGCAGUUCUGCAGCAUGAUCAGCUCACGCCAGUACCUCGCCGACGCCAUGACCCAGACGAGCAACAGCAGCAGGUAGCCGCCCGUCAGCCACCCGUAGAACACGAGCUUGGGGUACUCAAUGCCCGGCAGAUAGCCAUAGGGGUUCCGCACUAUCACUCGCCCGGAGAGCUUGACGGGCAGCUGUGUGGGGUAUGCCGACUGGGUCAGGGGGGCGUUUGCCGAGAUGGGAUGGGUGGUCACAGGUGAGAGGGUGGUGGGCUUGGGGCCACUGGUGGUGUUGCUGCCUCUUGUGGUCUGUGGCUGUGUGCCAUCGACAGCCGCCGAGGGGAGGGGGAGGUAGACCAGGCCUGACUUGUCGCCACAGUUGCUGAAGGCCAGCAUGUACACGCCACUCUCGCGAAUCAGGUGCUUCUCGCGAGGCGGCAGCUCACUUUCGUCCGCAGGCAGCCGCGUCACGUGGCUGAACAGGGCCUUGUUGGUGCCAGGGUCGUGGUGAUGGCGUUCCUUGCCGUGGUGUGGGUGUGAGUGGUGCUGCACCUUCAUGAGCGUGUCCUGCCUCGCACAGACGUCCGGGUGGUUGCUGACGUCCUUGGGGCUGCAGCAAAACUUGUGCGGGUUGACCUGGUCCCAGAAGUCUUUGUACUUGGUCAGCGUCAGCUCGAUGCUCUCAUACCCCCGGUAGUCGCUGGUAGUCACAGCCAUCCCAGACGCCGCCGACGACUCGUUGCCGGUGUCCCCCGUCUGCUGCUGUGGCUGCUCCACGGUCGGCAUGACGAGCCGGAGUCCCUCAAAGAUGAUGACCGCCUCCCGCCCGUUGCCCUUAGCACUCUUAGCCUUGGAUGACACAUCCUCGAUGUCGACAUCGAUCUUGGACGAGUGGUGGCGGCGCGACUGCCGCCCGUCGUCGAGCUCAGGCGGCUGGUGCUGACCGAACACCAGCUGCUGGAGAGCGCCGAGCCACCGUCCCAGCCUCCUGAGCUUCUCUCCUGGUCUGAUGUCAUUGUCAUUGUCUGGGUGGGAGUCAGAUUCGCUGUGCGGCGGCAGGACGGAGGCCAGGGUGAGAGCGAGGUGGGUGGGGAGGUAGGUGGAGAGGGACUGCAGGUCUUGGUGCGAGUAGAUGUAGUAGUACUGCAGGACCUUGAGGGUGCGGUUGGAGGGGAUGCUGAUGGGGUGGGACGAGAAAUCCAACACUUGGGACCGCACAUGGCAUGACCGAUGGCUCAGCAAUGUCAGCAAUACAUAUGAGAUGGAACGAAAAAGAGAGCGGCUGAGCGGAUUGAUUCUUCUGCUUGCCCUGUCGUCGUCGCCUACAACCACAGCAGCCAUGAAAUGAAUGAGCAGGAAAACCGUUCGAAGC